AACGGCGGCGGGGGGGGGGGGUCGUCCCCGUCUCCCCCUCCGCUGCUGCCGCCGCUGCUGCUGCUGCUGGCGCUGCCCGGCGGGGCGGCACCGUCGGGGGACAGCGUGAUCCUGGGGAUGCGGCUGGAGGAGAGCACGAAGCCGCCGGCGGAGGCGCCGGCCCGCGGGCCCAUCCGCGUCACGGAAGGCAGCGAGGUGCUGCUCCGCCUCUACGGGCUGGGGCUGGGGCCCCGCACCGGCGAACGGGUGGCUUUCGCCGAACUGCGCCCCGCCGCCGCCAACGCUUCGGUUCCCAACGGCACCUGCCCCGAGCGCUCCCAGGACCUGCUGGUGCAGCCCGGCCCGGCCGAGGCCCAAAACACCUCGGCCCUGCUGCGCGUCCACGUCCAGCCCCUGCGCAAGGACGAGCAAGCCAAAACCUACGUCCUCUGCACCCAGCGCCGGCCCGGCCAACCCUGGCUGCCCCACCAAGGCCCCGACGGCCGAAUCGUGGUGGUGGAGGAGAAGAAGUCGCUCUUGCCCCUUUGGCUGCAGGUGAUCCUCAUCGCCGGGCUGCUGGUGCUGUCGGGGAUGUUCAGCGGGCUCAACCUGGGCCUGAUGGCGCUGGAUCCCAUGGAGCUGCGCAUCGUGCAGAACUGCGGCACCGACAAGGAGAAGCGGUACGCCCGGAAGAUCGAACCCAUCCGCCGCAAAGGGAACUAUUUGCUCUGCUCCCUGCUGCUGGGGAACGUGCUGGUGAACACCACCCUCACCAUCCUCCUCGACGACCUCAUCGGCUCCGGCAUCGGCGCCGUCGUCGCCUCCACCAUCGGCAUCGUCAUCUUCGGGGAGAUCGUGCCGCAGGCGCUCUGCUCCCGCCACGGCCUGGCCGUGGGUGCCAACACCAUCGUGGUCACCAAGUUCUUCAUGCUGGUGACGUUCCCCCUCUCCUACCCCAUCAGCAAGCUCCUCGACUGCAUCCUGGGCCAGGAGAUCGGCACCAUCUACAACCGGGAGAAGCUGGUGGAGAUGCUGAAGGUGACGGAGCCCUACAACGACCUGGUGAGGGAAGAGCUCAACAUGAUCCAGGGAGCCCUGGAGCUGCGCACCAAGACGGUGGAGGACGUGAUGACCCCGCUGCAGAACUGCUUCAUGAUGAACAGCGACGCCAUCCUGGACUUCAACACCAUGUCGGAGAUCAUGGCGAGCGGCUACACCCGCAUCCCCGUCUACGAGGACGAGCGUUCCAACAUCAUGGACAUCCUCUACGUCAAGGACCUGGCUUUCGUCGACCCCGACGACUGCACCCCCCUCAAAACCAUCACCAAAUUCUACAACCACCCCGUCCACGUCGUCUUCCACGACACCAAGCUGGAUGCCAUGCUGGAGGAGUUCAAAAAGGGGAAGUCCCACCUGGCCAUCGUGCAGAAAGUGAACAACGAAGGGGAGGGAGAUCCCUUCUACGAGGUGCUGGGGCUGGUGACGCUGGAGGACGUCAUCGAGGAGAUCAUCAAGUCGGAGAUCCUGGACGAGUCGGAUACGUGCACCGACAACGGCAGGAAAAAGCGGGUGGGCAACCAGAGGAACAAGAGGGACUUCUCGGCCUUCAAGGACCCUGUUAACGAGCUGAAGGUGAAGGUCUCCCCGCAGCUGCUGCUGGCUGCUCACCGCUUCCUCUCCACGGAGGUGACGCUCUUCACCCCUAACUUUAUCUCGGAGAAGAUCCUGCUGCGGCUCCUCAAAUACUCCAACGUCAUCCAGGAGUUGAAGUUCGACGAGGAGAACAAGAAAUCCCCUCACCACUUCCUCUACUGCAAGAACAAGGCAGCUGAUUACUUCAUCCUCAUCCUGCAGGGCAAGGUGGAGGUGGAGGCCGGCAAGGAAUGCAUGAAGUUUGAAAUGGGAGCUUUCUCCUAUUACGGGGUGAUGGCCCUCAGCCCCCCUCCGGUACCUGAGGUCCGCUCCCCAUCCCACGUCAGCAGCCUGAACCGCUCGGCCUCCCUCAGCUACCACGAACGCUCCGACUCCGUCUCGUCCCCCGUCAGCGGCAGCAACAACCAGCUCAGCGCCGGCACCGGCGCCCAGUACGUGGCCGACUUCAGCGUCCGGGCUCUCACCGACCUCCAGUUCGUCAAGAUCACGCGGCAGGAAUACCAGAACGGCCUGAUGGCCUCCCGUAUGGACAGUUGUCCCCAAUCCCCUGACAGCAACGCCCCCAAACCAGACGCCGGUUUACCGGAGAAACCGGAACCCUCCACCACCGCCGACGAGACCACCAGUCUCCUGAACGAGAGGAACUGCCUGAGCCGCCGGAGCAACCACAGCGCCCUGGAAAACUCCAUCUGACCCCGGCCCCGCCGGCACGCGCCGGGAGGGACCUCGCGUGCCUGUUUUUUCGGGACCUUUUCCCAGGUAGGAAACGCUCGGCGUCUCCGUGCCGGGUGCCGCGGUCACCGGAGAAGCCCGGUGGAGCUGGAGGAGGAGACGGCAGCGGCGGUGGCAGCAGCGUGGUGGGAAACGGAGCUGGGAUUUGCUGCUGCUUUCCAGACUGGCUUAUAUAACGUUUUUGUUUUUUUUUUUUUUUUUUUUUUAAUUAAUUUAAACGGAUGGCGGUGGAGACGGCGCAACUCUCCGCCGGCCGCCCCGCCGACGGCGCUCGUGCAGCUCAGGGAGCUUCAGGUUUCGUACGCCGCUUUGGGACGGGCAUCCCGGCCCCCCUCUCGGGUGUUUUUUGGGGAGUGAGGGCGGAACGGGGACACCCGGGGCGCGGCGCGACGGCGGCGUCGGAUGAAGCGGAGCGAGGCCGUGAGCCUUCUCCGUGCCCGUUCCCCUUUCCCGCUGGCCCGGGGCACCCGGGGGGGGGAUGUGAUGGGGGGAGAGCUCAGGCGGCGGGCCUGAGGCCAAGGGGAUGGGCUCAACAUCUCCGGGACACAGCUGAGACCCCCUCUGCCAUCCCGGGAGACUCCCCGGCCCCUCCGCCGCCACCCACCGGUGUCACGAGCGUGCUGAGAACGGCAGGGACAUCACCCCCUCCCCAUCUCAGCGGUUUCGGUGCCUUCCCCCCCACCGUGGGGUGUCUCAGGGUGUCCGGGACGGGACGGGGGAGGGAAAAGGGGGGGGACGGGGUGCAGGAUCCGGCUUUUCGGGGUGGCACAAAGCUAGUGACCAAAGUUGUACAGGCAGGAGGGGGCCAGCACCGUCUCACACACACACCCCCCCCCCCCAGCCUCCUCAGCAUCAAGGGGACCCCCAAAUCUCCCCCGGUGACCUCGGGGGCAGGAUGUGUGACCCCUGGUGAGCGCUGGCUGGACCCCCCCCCCCCCCC